UUCAUUAUUGCAUUGGCAUCGCAUUUCCAUUUCCACCUGAGGGACUUCUAUAUAAAUGACUCCCCGAUUCCUCGUCAGCGCAUAAUCUCAAAAUCAUCAAAAAAAUAAUAAUUAUUAUAUAAAAAACAUAGAAAUACACAAAAACCUACAAAUCCCCAGGUUUGGUUUUGGUGCAAAAAGCUCUCGGGUUCCUCUCUUCUUGGUUCUCCAAUCAUUCACCGCAUUCUUUCUUGAUUUUUUGAAGUGCAUUUUAUUCAGUUGCUGUGAUCUCUGUCUUUCUUUACUUGUUGGGUCACCGCUGCUUAAACCAAGAUUCAUUUGAUUCAUUGAGCCAAUCAAGUUCCCAGCUUGGGGUCCCUUUGUCAGUUUGCAGUUUGAUAGAAUCCAAAACCUUUUUGGAGGUUUUCCCGGUGAAGUUGGGUUUUUUGAACUUUCUCUGUCGUUUGAAGCUUUGAGCAUUGCCUUCUCCUCUUCCUUCCCUAAAAAGCUAAAGCCUUUUUCACUUCACUUGAUUGAUUCCUAAAGUUUGGAGCUUUACCCGUUAGUUUCUGGGUCGAUUCGGGAGGUGGGGUUUUGAUUAUUUGCUGGGCUGUCUAUCGUUUUCUGCUGGGAGGGGGAGUUUGAUGAGAGGUGGUGUGAGUGUGGGGAUUUGAGGAGGGAACAUGAAUGGAGGAGGGACACUGGGAAUGCGCUCUGGCAGCUAUGGCUCUUUACAGCAGCAGCAGAACGGCUUGUUGCCGAUCCAAACGACCCCUUCGCCCCCUCUGCCGCCCCGAAAGCCCAGCAAGAUUCUGAAGGACAAGGAGAAGUUGGCCCAUUGGAUCUUUAAAUCUGCUGGCAAGAAGAAAGUAGGGAUGCUGCUGCUCUGUCUCAUCUCUGCAGCUGUUUUCCUCUGGGUUCUAUAUGUCGAUACAGGUGACGGCGCACAGGAAGUGGCCCAAAUGAUCAAGAUGAAUAAUGAUACCUCUGAUGUCAAUACUUCUUUGUAUAGUGCAGAUGGGUUGGGCUUAAAGCGCCCUUUGCUUUUGCCUCCUCCUCCUCCUCCCUCAGUUUUUCUUGGAUAUACACUUCCUUCAGGGCAUCCUUGUAACAAUUUCACCCUACCUCCCCCUCCUGCUGACAAGAAAAGAACAGGACCUCGACCAUGUCCUGUAUGUUACCUUCCGGUAGAAGAAGCAAUCGCCUUAAUGCCAAAGGUUCCUUCAUUUUCUCCAGUGAUUAAAAAUUUGACUUUCAUUUAUGAAGAAAAUCUAAAUAGGGAGACUGAGUUUGGAGGCUCAGACUUUAGUGGGUACCCUACUUUAAGGCAAAGGAACGAUUCUUAUGAUAUAAGAGAGUCGAUGAGCAUACACUGUGGAUUUGUCAAAGGACCCAAGCCUGGGCUUGGGACAGGAUAUGACAUGAAUGAGAUUGAUCGUCUUGCCAUGGAGAACUGUCACGGCGUAGUGGUUUCUUCAGCAAUUUUCGGAAACUUUGAUGAGAUACAACAGCCAAAGAAUAUUAGCGAAUAUUCGAAAAAGAAUGUGUGCUUCUUCAUGUUUGUCGAUGAAGAAACUGAAGCGUAUUUAAGGAAAACUAGUGCCAUAGACAGUGACCGGAGGAGCGGAAUAUGGAGAGUCGUCGUUGUUCGCAACCUCCCAUACACAGAUGGUAGACGUAACGGAAAGAUCCCGAAACUUCUAAUCCACAGGAUGUUCCCAAAUGCUCGGUUCUCUUUAUGGAUAGACGGAAAACUUGAGCUAGUUGUGGACCCAUAUCAGAUUCUUGAAAGGUUUCUAUGGAGGAAAAAUGCUACCUUUGCAAUUUCUCGACACUACAAACGAUUCGACACUUUCACAGAGGCUGAAGCUAAUAAAGCUGCAGGAAAGUACGAUAACGCUUCUAUCGACUUUCAGAUUGAGUUCUAUAAAAACGAAGGCCUGACUCCAUACUCCGAGGCCAAGCUUCCCAUCACAAGUGAUGUUCCCGAGGGAUGCGUGAUCGUUAGAGAGCACGUCCCCAUCUCGAACCUAUUCACCUGUCUCUGGUUCAACGAGGUGGAACGGUUCACUUCAAGGGACCAGAUCAGUUUUUCGACCGUGAGGGACCAGAUCAUGGCGAAGACGAACUGGACCAUAAACAUGUUCCUGGACUGCGAGAGGCGCAACUUUGUGGUCCAGAAAUACCAUAGGGAAGUGUUGGAGCAGAAGAAGGCCCUCUCUGCACCGGCUUUUCCUCCUCCAAUGCCGCCACCACCGCCGCCCCUGUUGGCUAUCGAUGCGCCUAUAAAACUCAAGACUGAACCACAAGACCAAAGCAUUACAGGCCCGCCGGUCAUUACAAGAGUCCCAGUGAGGCGGAGGAGGAACGCCCGACGGCACCGGAAAGUUGUUCCGGGUAUUACAGACACCGGAUCGGGAUGAAACUUUUCAAUUUUUUUUUUAAAACCACAAAUUAUAUUAUUUGUCCUUCCCCUUUAAAAAUCUUUCUUCACGGGGCUAGGAUAUAAUUAUUGUUGAAAAAGAAAGAAUUCUUUUUACAUCCGAACAGAAAAUAUAUUCUCUUUUUCGUUUUAAAUUCACCACAUCAGCCUCAUUUGCUUUUCUCUUCUUUCAUUUUUUCGGUGUAUAUAGAGUAAAUUUUGAAUAAUUUCGAUAAGGUAGGUAUGUCAAAAUCCUCGUGGAAUUGCACUUCUUGUUGUGCAUCACUCCACGAAAUUGUUGCUGAGUUUCAAUUGUUUCAUACUUGUAACCAGACCCCUCUUCGUAUCAAUAAAAUUUGAUGGACUCGACGAAUUUUCUUCAUCAUA